UCUCUAUACACACCUUUUUUCCAUCUGUUCUCCUAUUUGUCACCUUUUUCAUUGUGUGUGUCAUGUGUUUUAAAGACCACCACCGCCCUUUACUACUUCUUCACAUUACAGUCCCCUCAAGAAGAAAAUGGCUACAGCACCCUCUAAACUGAUCUUUUUGCUCUUCUUGUCUAUUCUCCUUAUUACCUGCAUUCUUGGGAAAUCACCAGCCAAAGACUUUGAGCACAAAGAGCUAGAAAGGGAAAAAGAACAAAUAUUCCACUUGUCCCGUAAAGAAUUGGUUGAAUUAUUACCCGUUAAAGCAACUAAACAUGACUUGAUGGAUCCACCAACUGUCUAUCCUACAACUCCUGUCACUAAUCCUGUCUCGACUCCAGUUAAUGUUCCACCAGAUAAUUCAGCUCCGACGAUUGUUACUGUCCCUGCUACAAAUCCUAACACUGGAUUUCCAAAUCCUGGGUCGACACCUCUAGCUGUUCCUUCUACUACUCCUGUUUCUGUCCCAAAUACAAAUCCUGUCAAUUCACCAUUACCAAUAACCAAUCCAGUUACCACCCCGAGCACAAAUCCACCGGUGAGUAAUCCUGUAACGACGAAUCCUUCACCAGUAGGUGGUGUUCCUGUCACCACCCCAGUAACGCCUCCUGCUACGACAAAUGCACCUAUUGCUCCAGGGCAGAGCUGGUGUGUUGCAAAGAAUGGAGCGAUGGAGACUGCUCUUCAGUCAGCACUUGAUUAUGCUUGUGGAAUGGGAGGUGCAGAUUGCUCGGCCAUCCAACAGGGUAGCAGUUGUUACAAUCCUAAUACUCUGCAAAAUCAUGCAUCUUAUGCCUUCAAUAGUUAUUUUCAAAAGAAUCCAACACAAACCAGCUGUGAUUUUGGGGGGACUGCCAUGAUUACCAAUUCGAAUCCAAGCACUGGUUCUUGCAUUUUUCCGAAUUCGGCAUCUUCAACUUCAUCGCCUGUGACAUCUACUCCAACAAUCACAACCCCGUCUCCUGGAACAGCAGUACCAACGACAUCAUCAACAACAGGGGUUGCAGUACCAGGCAGCGGAGCACCUCCAACAGUGUUGAAUGCGAGCAAUCCUGCUUUGGGAGAAAUGCCCACAGGCUUCGGUGAUACCAUCCCUCCAACUGUUACCACGUCGACAUCCAUGUCGAGUAGUUUGAAACCCUUUAUCAGCUGCAUCAUUCUGUUUGCUUCCCUCAUGACUGUCAAGCUUGCUUUGGAUAUCUGAGGAAAAGAGAAGCUCAAUUCUCAAUUAAGAAGCUAUGUACAGUUUUUGUGGAGGAAACAAAGGCAGUUAGUACUACCCUCUCAAGGUUUAGAUAUGACACACCUAUACACCACUGCUUAAGUUAGUUACUUAUUCAGAUGUGAAAAUUUUAGAAAUUGGUUUUAGAGGCAAAAUCCAUGUCUUGUACUCUCAGGUAACUUUCGUGCCACCAAAAUUAAAUAGGUCCGAAGUCGAACUGUUUAUAUGAUGAGGAAGGAGGUUACUAGUCCUAGAUCUUGUAUGAUCAGUGCAGCAGAAAUCCAAUGUUGGCAGAAAUUGUUAGGUUGAAUAUGUUGCCUAUGGUUCCAGUUGAAUGAAGAAAUUUUUACCUCCUA